CACCUCACCUCCCUCUCAACAGAUCUUACCACAAUGGCUUUUUCUCGCCGACUCGCAAUCCUCCCCGGAGGUCUCGGUGGCCUGGGCACCAGCAUCGGCAGGAAGCUCCGCGCCCAAGGGGCCCACCUAGCAAUUCUCUACGCCCCCUUCGAAGCCGCGCGACGCGACCAGCUGCUGGCAACAGGCUAUGGGUCCAAGUCAGCGGACACGGACAACAUCUCCACGUACGAAUGCGACAUUACUUUGCCAGACUCUGUGAAAUCAGCAUUCUCCUCAAUGCACAAGGACUUUGUAGUCCCUGAUCAUGCCUUCCCGUCUAUUCUCGUCAAUACGGCGGGCUAUGUCUCGCUCAGCGAUAUGGAACUCACGCCCCCAGAGGAAACCCUGAAGCACCUCACAACAAACGUCUACGGCCCCAUGCUGUGCGCACAGGCCUUCGCGAACAUGUAUUUCGCCGCGACAUCUUCCACCGCUUCCACACCCACCUCGUCCUCUCCAACCGGAUCAACAGCCCCACCCCCCGGCCGGAUCGUCAACCUCGCCUCCCAGGCCGCCUACGUCGCGCUACACCAGCACGGCGCAUACUGCGCGUCCAAAUCCGCGCUCCUCGGUCUAACGCGGUGCAUGGCCUCCGAGUGGGGACGGAAGGGGAUCACGGCGAAUAGCGUCUCGCCCACUGUUGCGUGGACGGAACUGGGACAGAAGGCUUGGGGUGCCGAGGGGGUCAAGGAGGCGCUUUUUGAGAAGAUCCCCGUGGGCAGAGCGGCGUUGCCCGAAGAGGUGGCGGAUGCGGUUGUCUUUCUGUGUCAGGACUCGAGUGGGAUGAUCAACGGGGCGGAUAUCAAGGUUGACGGGGGGUACACGAUUCGCUAGCAGGAUUGAGGAUGGGGUAUUUGCUAGACCUCAUAUCUGGCCAAACUCGCGGUCCCUUUUGACCUUUUGAUAGAAAUCAAGUGGAUUGGUGGAUUGCACAUACAUAUCCUACCCCCUUUGCAAACUUUGCCGCCUGAUUUCAAACUGAAAGACGAGGUAGUUGUCCCUGAUCUGCGGACAAUGACUGCAGGCUUUGCUGAUAUGACUAUCUUACAACCCGUAUUUUGAUAAUUGGCAUAAAUCAGCAUUGACAUAGUACCAAGGUCAGUGUAGAACAACGCGCAGAUAGUUGGAAGACCAAUGCAAUAGGCCUCUGGUCUGUCGAGAAACGCCUUGAUCUUGCGACAGGAUUCGUACAGUUGGACAAUACCGUUGACAAAUUCUCAACAGCCAUGGCAACUAUCUUGCACCUGAAUUCAGCAAGAUAGGCGAGGAUGACAACAUGGCUCUAUGCAUCGAAACAAAAUUGACAGGCAUGCAUAGCUCCUAACACUUGUCCAGACCCUGUUCAAUUUACGAAGCCCAGUCUGCGAGGCCAUGCGACCCUAGUCGAGGCAUAGGCUGUUGUUGGCUUCCCCCCAGGCAGCCAGUCCGAACAUAGCCCAGGAGCUUUUCCAACAGCUUUACCAAUCAUAAGUAGGAUUCGGAAACGCUUGCCCCAAUGCAGGCACAAGGGCUUAUUUAGUU